UCCACCAAGGAUUCUUUCUGAAAGGAAAUCCUUUCUCUGAUGUCCCUGCAUUUAACACAGGUUAAACUUUUGUAUUGUUCAACUCCUUUUUGUGGAAGGGAAGGAAGACAGAAUCAUGGGCAAUUUAUAGGAAUUCUUGGGGAGAUAGGAAUAAAUUGGAACUUGUUGAAUUGAAAGUUCUGGAAUUUUCCAUAUUCACUGGUACAUGCAGGAUUAUGGAGACGGUCAAUCAAACCGGCAGUGUCUCUGAGUUCAUCCUCCUGGGACUGUCCUCCCGGCCUGAGGACCAGAAGCCACUUUUUGCCCUGUUCUUCAUCAUGUACAUGGUCACUCUGGUAGGAAACCUGCUCAUCAUCCUGGCCAUCCGCUCUGACACUCAACUCCAGACACCUAUGUAUUUUUUCCUCAGCAUCUUAUCCUUCAUUGAUGUUUGCUACACAACAACCAUCAUUCCCAAGAUGCUGGUGAACUUCCUGUCAGAGAAGAAGUCCAUCUCCUACGCUGAGUGUAUGACCCAGAUGUAUUUCUUCUUGGCUUUUGCCAACACAGAAAGUUAUCUCCUGGCUGCCAUGGCCAUUGACCGCUUUGUGGCCAUCUGUGACCCAUUCCACUAUGUCACCACCAUGAGCCACCGCCGCUGCGUCCUGCUGCUGGCUUUCUCCUGCUCCAUCUCUGACCUCCAUUCCCUGUUACUAGUUCUUCUGAUAAACCGUCUCACCUUCUGUGACUCCAAUGUUAUCCCCCACUUCCUCUGUGACAUCAACCCUCUGCUGAAAUUGUCCUGCUCCCCCACAUUUGUCAAUGAAAUUGUAAUUAACACAGAAGGAUUGAUAACCCUGGUGACCCCCUUUAUGUGUGUUGUCAUCUCUUAUGUCCGGAUCCUCAUUGCUGUUCUUAAGAUCCCUUCAGCUGCGGGGAAGCGUAAAGCUUUCUCUACCUGUGGCUCCCACCUCACCAUGGUGACCCUCUUUUAUGGAAGCAUUAUUUAUGUUUAUUUCCUACCCCUGUCUAGCUAUACCAUCAAGGACAGGGUGGCAACAGUCAUCUAUACAGUUCUGUCCUCCAUGCUGAACCCUUUUAUCUAUAGUCUGAGGAACAAAGACAUGAAGCAAGGCUUGAGGAAGCUGAUGGGCAGGAGGUCCCAGGCAGCACUUUUGUGAGCACACUCAGAAGCAGGUCUUCUUUGAGCCUUCAUUUCUGCUGAUUCCUGGUCUACAUACCAAGCUGCUAGAAGUUAGCAUACCUAAACUGAGUGUUCGUGGGAAAUUGUAUAAGUGACCAGACUAGAAUAUUAUAUACCAAGUCUUAUAUAUUCAUAAUAUUUUAUAUUUAUCUUACAGUAUAAUAAUAGUAAUAAUAAUAAUAAUAUAUCUUAUCAUAUACCCACCAAUCAAAGCCACCUCAUUAGGGCCACCUAACUGACCCAGGGUCUUUGCACCCAUUUCUCAUUCUCUUACUCCCAUUCCCUUUUCCUAUCCACUCCUUCCAAGUGCAACUAAAAAUUUCUCACUAAUUUUUCUUGACUAGAUUUCUCCUUGUCAAUAACUCUGAAUUCCCAGGGUGCCUGAGUGGCUCAGUCAGUUAAGCGUCUGACUUGAUCUCGGCUCAGGUCGUGAUCUCACCAUUUGUGAGAUCGAGCCCUAUGUCAAGCUCUGUGCUCACAGUUUGGAGCCUGCUUGGGAUUCCCUCUCUCUCUCUGUCUCUCUUUCUGUGUGUGUGUGUUUGUGUGUGUGUGUGUGUCUGUAUAUCUUAAAAUAAAUAAAUAAACAUUUAACAAAAAAACCUGAGCUCCCAGUAUCCUUAUGUAAUUUAAGAAACAUCUUCAAUUGGAUAUGGUACAUACAUACAAUGGAAUAUUACUCAGCCAUAAAAAAGAAUGAACUCUUGCCAUUUGCAAUGAUGUGGAUGCAGCUAGAUAGUAUAAUGCUAAGUGAAAGAAGUCAGUCAGAGAAAGAUACCAUAUGAUUUCACUCAUAGGUGGAAUUUAAGAAACACAACAAACAAGCAAAAAGAAAAAUAGAAAAAGAGAGAAAGACAAACCAAGAAACAGACUUUUAACUAUAGAGAACAAACUGAUGGUUACAAGAGGGGGGUUGGUGGGGAAUGGGUUAAAUAGGUGAUGGGGACUAAGGAGUGCUCUUGUGAUGAAUCACUAUGGAAGUGCUGAAUCACUAUGUUGUACACCUGAAACAAAUAUUACACUGUAUGUUAACUGGAAUUUAAAUAAAAACUUAAAAAAAGAAACGUCUUCAAUUAGUUACUCAAUUUUCAGCAAUUUCAACGUCCCUGAAAUUACUUAAGGUGAUAUUGUGUGUGUGCAUUUUGUCUUCCCUGUAAGAUUAGGAACUCCCCAACAGCAGAGACAGUUUUUGCAUGCAAGACAGA